AGAUCGUGGAUGUUCCCUGAACAAACAACUGGAAGUGUACGGCCUGGUAGAAUAGUUUAGCUGGGCUGAAAGUGGACAGAAGGUGGACAACACAGGCCCGACAAGGACUCUGCUUGUGUGACAGACGGACAUGAUGACAGAGAGAAACACCGACAACCUGAUGAGACACAGGAGACGAACAAUGUGAUUUUUCACCUGGCCGUUAGCCUCUGUCAGAAGCUGUUUAACACAUAGGUUAUCUUUUGAGUCCAGUUGUUCUACAAGUCCUCCAGAGAGCUGUUCGUUUCAUUCCCUGACCUGGCCUUCAAACAGGGAUGGACGGCACUGACCCCAAGGACGAUGAGAGAGGAGAUAUAAGGAAAGAGAGUGAUGGAGAAAAAGACAAACAGCUGAAGAACCAGCUGAACAUUGAGGAAAAAGGGGAGAAGGAAAUCAAAGGGAACGAGAAAGAGAAUAAGAAAGAGAGCAGGCGUUCUGGUUCUCUUUGGAGGAGUGGAUGGGCGUUGAGCGAAAGACUGGCCAUCAAUGUCUCAGGGAUGCGAUACGAAACACAACUUCGCACCUUGGCCCAGUUCCCCAACUCCUUGCUUGGUGACCCCAGGCGGAGGUCACGGUAUUUUGACCCACUUCGAAAUGAGCUCUUCCUGGACCGCAACCGGGCCUGCUUUGACGCAAUUCUGUAUUUCUACCAGUCAGGCGGGAGGCUUCGGAGGCCCGCCAACAUCCCGCUGGACAUCUUCAUGGAUGAGCUGAUGUUCUACGAGCUGGGCGAGGAAAUCAUGAACCGCUUUAAGGAGGACGAAGGGUUUCCCAAAGAGGAGGAAAGGCCGCUGCCAGCCAAUGAAAUCCAGAAAAGAAUGUGGAUGCUGUUUGAGCACCCAGAGUCCUCGUCGGGCGCCCGCAUCAUAGCCAUCAUCAGUGUGAUGGUGAUUGUGGUGUCCAUUCUCAUCUUCUGCCUGGAGACGCUUCCUGACUUCAGGAAUGAGAAGGAGGCACGAGAGGAAUACUUUUACAAGUACCACGCCCUGGCCAAGAACAUCUCUGAGAACAUGUCUCCCCCACACAGUGUUUUCCACGACCCAUUCUUCCUGGUGGAGACCAUGUGUAUCUGCUGGUUCUCCUUCGAGCUCUUCAUGCGCCUCAUCUCCUGUCCAAGCAAGACGCACUUCUUCAAGGACGUCAUGAACAUCAUCGACUUCAGCGCCAUCCUGCCUUAUUUUGUCACUCUGGGAACAGAGUUGGCCAAGGACAACGACGCCUCUCCGGCCACGUCUUUGGCCAUCAUCAGAGUCAUCAGGUUAGUGAGGGUUUUCAGGAUCUUCAAGCUGUCCCGCCACUCUAAGGGCCUCCAGAUCCUCGGUCAGACUCUGAGGGCUAGCAUGCGGGAGCUAGGCCUGCUUAUCUUCUUCCUGUUUAUUGGCGUCAUCCUGUUCUCCAGCGCCAUCUACUUUGCCGAGGCGGACCACGCCAACACGGCCUUUAUUAGCAUACCACAUGCCUUCUGGUGGGCUGUUGUCACCAUGACGACAGUGGGCUAUGGCGACAUGUACCCAGAGACAGUGUGGGGUAAGCUUGUGGGCUCAAUGUGCGCCAUUGCUGGUGUGUUAACUAUCUCGCUACCAGUGCCGGUCAUAGUGUCCAACUUCAGCUACUUCUACCAUCGUGAGACAGAGUGUGUUGAUCAAACCGAGUACAGCCAUGUCCAGACCGGCACGGAGUCGGACGAGGAGCCUCAGGGUGGGGAAAUAGAUGAAGGGGAGAGGGAUCCAGAGGGAGAUUAUUACGCAAUUGAAGGAAUCUGCAAUCCUUUGAACGGGACUUUGCUGGGUGGACUGUGUACGGGCCAGAGCCCAGAGUUCAGAGGAGCUAAUAUGUAUCUGAGGGAACCACUGGUUACACAAGUGUAGGUUUGUUUGAUCUGAAAAAGGAAAAGUGAAUGGAAAAGGAGUUUUAAAGUUCACAAGUGAGCAGGUCCAGAGGUGAGGAAAAGAGAUAAAAGGAAACUGGCCAAGAGGAACUGUCUCAUUUUGUUAAAGAAAACCGUAAAUAUGGCACUAAUGAGCCUACUAGAAACUUUUUAUUGCCUUAAUUUAUAAAUAUUUAUUACAACACUAUCCAGCCAAAUGUUGCUAAAAGGCAUUUUUUUUGUAUAAAAUAGCUUUGAAAAAGCCCAAAAAGACAGUGAGUUGUAUAUUCUCAGGGUCAUAAACUGUUAUUUAAUAAUGCUAUCAGCUUGUGUUGGAGGUGAAAAUGACUUUUUGAAUGUUUAUUCUGUGCCUCGAAAACUAUGAUGUCUUAGUACUGUCACUUUGUGGCUUAAUGUUUGAAGUGGAAGCAGAUAGAUGAGCGCCUAUAGAGAUGUCAGGUGUCAUCAAAAAUCAUUAGAGGCAACCAAUCACUGCAGACUCAGAUCUCUUGUAAACCAAUCUGUCAUUCUUUACAUUCUUCUGUUACUUAUGUACAAAGUUCACAUUUGUGUAGUUUUGGUGUAUGUGACCUGAAGAGACUGACAUGACCUUUAUCAUGCUUUAAUACAACUCUGUUACCUGC